AUGACGACGUCCCCCAGAGAGCAGUGGCAGAGCCCGAACGAAUUCUUGUUCGCCACGGUCGGCAUGUGCAUCGGCCUGUCCAACAUGCUGAGGUUCCCGUACGUCGUGUACCACAACGGAGGCUUGGUGUUCAUCGUGGUGUACGUGUUCCUAAUGGUCGUCGUCGCGUUUCCCAUGGUGCACCUCGAGAUCUUCCUGGGCCAAUUCAGCAGCCUCACAGUGCCGAGAGCCUUCGCCGGAUUCCCCAUGGCUAAAGGUAUCGGCUGGACCAUGCUGUACGUCAACUUAGCCUCGUGCUUGAACUGUGUAGCGAACGUUGUCCACGGCGCUUUCUACCUUUUCUAUUCUUUCUCGUCAACGCUUCCGUGGAACGCGUGCAAGAACAGCUGGAACGACGGCAGCUGCUACGAAAAAGACUACAGGAAUGUGCCCUGUUUCCGCGUCAAUGUCACCCUGGCGCGCAAAUAUUCGUCGCAUAACUACACCGGCAAGGACGCCCUGGUGAUCCACACGAGCUCGGAAGGCGGUGGCACCGUGAUUGUUUCCGGCAGCGAAUACGAUUCCAUGCACAGCGCCUGCGUCAACGGCACGCAAACCUCCACUGAGCAGUUCCUGCUAAAGAAAGUGCUGCGCCUCAGCUCCGGCAUCGAAGAGAUCGGUGACCUGCAUCCAGACAUGCUGCUGAUCAUCAGCCUAUGUUGCCUUGCCGAGUUACUCAGCAUCUUGAAAGGCGUUCGAGGCUACGCAAAGCUGGCGAUGGGCACCACAUGGAUGUCGUUCGCGCUGCUAUUCAGCCUGGUGCUGUCCAGCGUGGUGCAGCGUGGCUCCCUGCGUGGAAUGAGCGCCUACUUGUAUCCGGAUUGGCCCAAGCUCAUAGACAUUGUGACGUGGCGGGCUGCUUCUCAGCAGCUUCUCUUCAGCAUGGGACUGGCUCUUGGCACGCUCACUGGCUACGGCAGCUACAAGCCGUUCGAGUGGCCACUCUCAAUGAACAUCGUGCAGCUGGUUGGAGCAGACUUCUGCUUCAGCUUCUUUUCCGGUUGCAUGGUGUUCGCUCUGUACGGCCACGCAACCGUUCUGUACGGCUUGGAGUUCGAAGAUCUGGUCACUGCGGAUUAUGAUUACGCCUUCGUCAUGUUCCCGGAGAGCGUCAAGCACUUCCGCCACCCCGAGCUGUGGUGCAUCGCCUUCUACCUACUCAUGUGCGUGCUGGCCUUCGACGGAUUGGUGGCGUUCGUGGAAAUAGGAGUGUCGACCUUCGUGGACGUCUACCCGUCGCUCAAGCCACACCGCCUGAUGUGCACCGUGACCACAUGCACUGUCAUGUAUAUUCUGUCACUACCCGCGGCAACAGGUGGAGGCCUUUACGUCUUGAACCUAAUCGAUUACGUCACCUACAUUGACCUGGUGCCGUGGAUCGCGUUGGCUGAAGUCCUUGUUUUAGUCAACGGAUACGGUGAGCUACAGUCACCGGGCUAUGGGUCUGACCUGAACGUCCAGCUGCCUGGCCAGGGCCAGGUUGAAGCUGGUUUCUCGACGCGUCGCAGCCAGCCAGCGUUCGCACAUCGCCAACACUGGACCAACGGAGGAAAGACGAUUUGCCUCGGCUCGGUGAACGCCCAGAGGAACCGGCUGCUGGACUACGUUUACCCAGCCUGGACUGGCGUCAUCCAACUGGCCAUCGUCCUUUGCUGCAUAGUGGCCGUCAUCACGCAGGUUAUGCGGACCUUCGCGGAGAACGGCCACUUGCUUGGCGGAGAAGACUGCGCGGCAGAUGUGAAGCGGGCGCUGGCCUGUCGGUAG